CUCCGUUGCCCCCUAGGGCAGAGCACGGUGCGUUCAUCCCAGCAGGUGGCAGUAACGUGACCACAAGCGGCGAUUAUGAACGUCAAACACAUGCGCGGUAGCCUGUUGUGUUAACUGAUCCCCAACGCUUCAUGAAAGGAUGGCAGGGUACGGUUUAUUCUGCUCACCAAUGACAAUGAAAUGCCUUGCGACCAAUACACCCGUGUGGUUUUGUAUGAGUAACCUGUUGUAUAAAAAGCCGACGUGUGGAUACGCAAAGAAAGUUGAGAAAGGCAAGUGCAUCGUGAAAGAUGUGCUGAAGGGGCCGGAGCUGUGUAAGGACCCUGUGAAGCUCACCUCUCAUGCUGUCGGAGUCAACAUUUUGAAGCAAGGAGACGACCCUGCACUUAAACCACACAAGGAAUACCCAGAGUGGCUGUUCCAGUUACAGCUGGGUCCCCUUAAGAAUAUCCAUAAGCUGGAGCCAGAUAGCCGUGAAUACUGGAAGGUCCUGAGGAAGGAGCAGUGGUGCUUUAACAGGUUACACAAAGGGAAGAAGCUGUAGGACCGUGGCAGUGAUCAGCUGCUCUCUAGAGAACUGUGUUCUCUAGACACCAGACUGAGUCAAUACUCUCAGCCUGUAUGUCAUCUUUCUGCUGAAAAGGAAUAACCCAUCACCUUGACAACUUGGACUUUGUACUGUAAGCUAAGGCAAAUAGAAAGACCUGGAUUUUGAAUCCAUCUCAACUUUUGCCUUUUGAUUUCUUAUCUCAAAUGUUACCAUGUGUAGGCUUCUUUGAAAAAGAUGACGCAUACAGACAUGUUAUUUUAGAAUUAUGUGAGGGUAUGAGUUUUGAUUCACACCUUGCAGAUAGCAUCUGUAAUACUCUGUGAACAUACACAAUUAUUUCUCUUUUGUCUCUCUGUGUUUCAUAAAUGUCCUUAAAUUCACAAGGCUGAAUGUGUCUCACUGGAGAAAACCUCAGAGCGAACGAAACAGCACCCUUCUGUCUCAGUAUGUGUAGCCCAUCAUGAUGCUGUCUGCUCAAAAAGUGUAUGACAUUGUUGGCAGUAUACAAAGCGUGUGAAAAGUUAGGAUUUGGCUUGACACCAAUCACAUCAGAAGCCAAACGUCAGUGAUAGAAACAAACUUGAAUUGUUGUGUCGUUGUCCUCCGGUGCCUAGCUAGCUAAAAUCGUCCCUUUUCAUAGAUAGAGAUAGGGAUUUGGACUUUUGGUUUUACUUAAUUCUCUGUGCUGGCCAAUUAUUAUAAGGGAGAUUCUGAUCCAACCAUAAAUUCAUGCAUUGUGCCCCUGGCCUGAGAGGAUGGAAGUUCAACAUGACGCUAGAUGUAGUUGGCUAAUUUUAACUAACUGGUCUGGUGUAUCAUUGCCCAAGAAAGGAAGUUAGGCUAGCGAGCAAGCAUUUUAGCCAGGUAGCCUAGGACAAUUAAAAACUAUAGAAGUGUGUACUGUAUGACAUAGACCGUUUAGGCAACAUGAAAGAGUAGGAUGGCAUUUGCAUUUCCCUACAAGUAGGGUGAGUGAACAUGUUUUUUCUACUUACACACACAGAACUCAGUCCCAUGGACAGCCACAUCAUAUUUAGCUUAAGUUGAUUGGACUAAAUCGUUUUUGGUAUCUUUUAGUAGUCAGAUGAAGUGUAGCACAUGGGGAUGUGUGAAACUUACUCCUCAGCCUGAAGUGUCUACACUUGCGCCAGCAAAUAGAUAGCUUUUCGCGUAGCACCGACUGGUAAGACGUUACAGGAGGGCGGUCAUGUAUGCUAGCACGGCAGAGGUCCCAAGUUCUCGUUCAGAAAAAUGAAGGCCUUGUUUAUUGUUAGAACACGUAAAUACCUUUUUGAGAUCUGCUUAUUUCGUGCAAGAUUUUAUGUAUCAAUGGUGAAUAAAUUAACUGUUUUGAUUAUUCUGUAAGUGAUUAUUUUGAUUAUUCUACACAGUGGCGUGUUCAUGGAUGCCAAGGGAAGCCAGGCUUCCCCAAAUAUUUGACCAAUACCAAAAUAUUAAUAAAAUUAUAUUUCGUC